AGAUUUGUAUAGUCCGCAUGCUUAUACUCCAACAGUGGAUCAAAUUUCUUUGGAAGAAGAAAAAGACAGAAAGAAAGGAAAAAAAAAAUACAAAAAAGGAAAUAUAUAGGGAAUAGGCUACACACGAGUGCCACUAGGCCCACUACUACUUGGCACCCUUGCCUCAUGAAGUAAACAAACACACGUGGAUUGUAUUGUCUUGGGUCUUGCUCAUUCAAUGCAUAAAAAAAAAAGUUAACCCCUUCUUCUACCUUCCGUUACUUCAGUGUACAUUUGAAGGAGUAACUCACGUGAAUAUGUAAUAUGCAUCUAUCUACCUUUGACUGGUAUUGGAGAACAAAUUUACCGCGAGUAUGAUGGCAAAUACAUGCAUUGUACAGUGUUGGAAAGGCUGGUGGAGAAUCAACAGUCUGAAUAAUGAAAUACGCAGAAAUUAUAAGGGUUUGAGCAAACACAGGGCAAUAGCUAGUGUGCCCAACAACGUGAAGUUCAUCACAAGUCUCACUGGGCAAUGGGCAAGAGGACAAGCCUCUCGCCUCCAUGCUCACUACAGGGGCCUUGCCACCCGUCCACCACAAUAUGCCAAAAGAAGGGCAACCACCACUUCAGCAUCAUCACUGGAGAAAGACAUCUUGUACAUCCUGGGCAUAGAGACAAGCUGCGAUGAUACCGGUGCUGCUGUUGUCUCAGAUACAGGGGAGGUCCUUGGUGAGAGUCAUUUUAAUCAACACAAUAUACACUUGAGGUAUGGAGGCAUCAUUCCUGUUGUUGCUAAGGACCUGCACAAGAAGAAGAUUGAGGAAGUGGUCACUACAGCAAUGGCUCAAGCAGGGAUGUCAUUUGGAGAUUUGGAUGCCAUUGCUACCACUGUCAAACCAGGUAUGCCAAUGUCUCUGUCAGUGGGAACAAACUAUGGAAAGAGUCUUGCUUUGAGCACUGGCAAGCCUUUCAUCCCCAUUCACCACAUGGAGGCUCAUGCAUUGACUGUUCGCAUGGUGGAGAAGGUGGAGUUCCCAUUCCUGGUUUUGCUGGUGUCCGGUGGCCACAGCUUGUUGGUGCUUGCACACAGUAUAGACCACUGGUCUAUUAUUGGCCAAACAAUUGAUGAUGCUCCAGGAGAAGCCCUUGAUAAGGGAGCCAGACGACUCAAGCUGCGGAACAUCCCUGAGUGUGCGACAAUGUCAGGUGGACAGGCCAUAGAACACUUGGCAGUGAGGGGUGAUCCACAUGCCUUUGAAUUUCCAACCCCAAUGUGGAAAUACAGAGAUUGCACCUUUAGUUUUUCUGGUCUGAAAAAUGCUGUUAAAAGAAUUACAGAAAAUUUGGAGGAACAGUAUGAAAUUGAAGGUGGAUCAGUUCUUCCAUGUGUUGAGGACAUUUGUGCCUCAUAUCAGUACGCCAUCACCAAACACCUAGUGAGGCAGACGCACAAGGCCAUGUUAUUUGUGGAUGUACGGGAUCUGCUUCCUAAAGAGAACCGAAUCUUGGUUGUAUCAGGUGGUGUGGCGUGUAAUCAGUACAUACGUGCAGCACUUCAGAAGCUGUGCUCUCAUACUGGAUAUCAGCUUUUCUGCCCUCCACCUAAACUGUGCACAGACAAUGGGAUCAUGAUAGCAUGGAAUGGCAUGGAGCGCUGGAAGGCUCAGACUGGUGUACUGUACAACAAGCAGGAAAUAGAGGAUGUUACUUUUGAAGCUAGAUGUGCAAUUGGUGAGGACCUGACAGAAGAUGUGCGCAAUCUUGGUAUUACUGUGAAAAAAUGGGUGAAAUUUUGAUGGAAACUGAUUAUUAAAUUUUUCACUUAUUAAUUAUCUGUAAAAAAAAUGAAAAUCAAUAGUAUCAAUAAAUAUAAAUAUCACUGAA